ACUUGUAGGCAAACAGACAUAUUUCCGUUAGCAAAAGCCAGUCGUUUCUACUUGGAUAUUUCAGUAUAUCUGUGCUUGGUCAAUCAGUUGCACAGUUUAGUCUUAUUUCAACCGGUUUGCUAGAACGUGGGGUGGAUUUUUUGUAUUACGGCCAGCCUAAACAACUGUGAUCAUGCGCUGCGUAUUGAUUCUGGCUUUCGUUGCCGUAGUGGCCGUCAAGGCGGCGGAUAAAGGCGAUGCAUGCCAGUCCACAAACAUGUGCGACGAUCCCGGUUUGGCUUGCUCAGGUGCUCGCUGCCACUGCUUAAUGGAUUUCGGUGCGGAACAGGCUCAAGUUUGGGCGUGCAACCAAGCCAGUGACUGCAAAGGAAUCGCCAAUCUCGCUCUCCGCCACGUUGAGGAAACCGUUCGACAGCGCGCCCGUGCCCCCGUCUGCGUCCCAUCUGGUCAGUGCCCGGCAGUGCCUGGUUUCUCCGGAUAUUGUGAUGUCACCAUGGAUGCUUAAGCCUGAAAACGGAUACCAAUAGAGCAAAACUACGACUGCUCAGUGGAGUCUUGAUGAUCAGAUGAAUGAUACGGUUGUUUUUUGUGCUUGUAUAAACUGAUGAUCUUUGAAAUCGUUAUUACACCCGCUUCUACAGAAUCUGCACAUGUCAGUUAUCUCCAUUGUUUCUGAAAAAUGUAAUAAUUACUAUUAUUCGCGGCGACUUUGAAAUGGUGUGCAUUUACUUAAUUGCCUGUGCUCGUUAUAGUAAUUCCAUAUCAUACAUGUAUCUGUUUGUUUCCGCCAAAAUUUAAAUGAUUUUUAAUAGCAUUGCAAGAUAUAGACAGUGCUAAAUAAUAU